AUGCUUCUAGGCAAUAAUCAUGUCGAAGGGUGGCAUAAUAAAUUACACAAAUCGUUUCAAUGUGAACAUCCUACAUUGGAAUUUCUAGAAAAAUUAAAAACAGAAGAAAGCUCGUUUCAAUUGGAUUUGGCAGCUGUAAAUGCCGGCCAAGAAGCAAAAAUUCAACAGAAACGUUAUGCAGAUCAUAAUAAACGUUUAAUAAAUCUAAUUAAAUAUCCUCAUUCCAAUACAGAACAACAAAUAGCUGCUAUAGCUCAUAGUUUUUAUUUAUAA